AUGGCCUCGCUCGGUUCAUCCUCCGCGUACCGUGCCUACGGCCAGGGCCUCGGUGAGCCCCGCUUCGAGGGCGACCGGCGACAUGGCCCCUUCGGGCCGCGGGCACACGAUGCCUUCGGGUACCCAGGGUCCCCGGGCGCCAUGUGCCCCUGCAGCCUGGGCACCUGGGUGCGUGCCCAGGGUGACACCUACCAGGUGGUGGCCGACGUCAGCCAGUUUGAGCCCCCUGACAUCGUGGUGACCACCUCCAACUGCCACGUCGCCAUCCAGGCUGAGAAGGUGGCCGAGGACGGCACCGUCUGCGACACCUUCACCCACAAGUGCCAGCUGCCCGAGGACACGGACCCGCUGUCGGUGAGCUGCGCCCUCACCGAGACCGGCACGUUGGUCAUCACUGCCCGGCGCUGUGCCGGCGCCCGUCCCGGUGAGCCCCCGCAGCCGCUGUACCGCAGCGAGGCCACGUUGUGA